AUGACCAGCUACUACAAUGACAGAACGAGGGACAUUCCGUCUUGGGAAGAUCUUCAACAAGAUGACGAGGACGUUGUUGAUAUUUCGGAGUAUCAGUAUGCCUCUCGCGAUCACAUAUUGUUUUGCGUAGAUGCGUCCAGAUCGAUGCAAACACCUCAUCCGGACCAAGAGACACCCGAUGGUCUGAUCAGAGGUAAAAGCGCGUUGCAUCAGGUGCUCGAGGCCGUGGUCAAGAUUCAACGUAGCAAGGUGAUCACCGGUCCUGCUGAUAGUGUGGGCGUCUUGUUAUGGAAUGUCAAUCCCGCCACGGCACCCAAAUCUGCGUCAGGCAACUACAAACCCGGCACUCUCGUGUAUCAAUCCCUUCGUACCAUCAACGCAGAAGAAAUCAAACGGAUCCUCAAACUUGUCGAGCGUGCCAAUGGGCAAUACGAAGAACAGCAUGAGGACGACUCUACACCGACCGUCGAACCAGAAGCGUUAGUUGAGGCGUUUCCACCAUGUGCGGAAGGCGAACAACUCAACAUUGCCGAUGUUCUCGUGACAUGUAACUUUUUGUUUCGAGAUGCCGGUACUAAACUAGCUGGGAACAAACGAGUGUUUCUCGUCACUGAUCAAGAUCAGCCACCUGGCGCUUCAUCAAACCGCGAACCAGCUCGCACGGUCUAUGGGGAUCUCAUGACUUAUGGGAUCACUAUCAAUACGUAUUUUGUCGAUCGUCCAGAUCACCGCUUCAACCCUACCUUAUACUGGAAUGACAUUUUAAACAGAGAAGACAACGAUGGUGCUCCUGGGGAUGACGACCCACCGGAUAUCGACGGUCUCGCUCAGUUGGCUGACGUCAUGAAUGAUCUCGUCAUCCGUCAUGCUCCAAAACGAAAGCAAUUCUCUAUCCCCCUCAAAUUUGGCGGUAAAGACGGUGAAAUAGAGAUCGGAGUCUCUGGAUAUUCACUGGUGUCCUCACAAGGCAAAGGACAACCCAAGUACGUCCGAAUGCGAGGACAACAGGUUGAAGAGGUGCUCACCAGAACUGAAUACACAUCAGCUGAAACGGGCGCUAUUCUCAGGGAAGAGGAGAUCGGCCAGGCGUUUCAGUUCGGAAAUGAAUCGACCGUCAAAAAUGUCCUGGAGCCAAAUUGGUGGGAGACCAACGCAUUUGAGCAAGAGCAACAAGCGCUCGCCGAUGAGGCAAUACGACUUGAUCAAGAAAGACGGGAAAGAGAAGACGAUGAAGAUGAAACAAUGAAAGAGAGGGAAAAGGACUUACGAACAAAAGCCGUGGCUGUCGAGGGAGCACAUCCAAAAGUAGUCGCCCGAACACGGCUUCAAUUUACUUCGUCUGAAGUGGCCGAGCUUCGUUCGUUAGGUCUUCCCACUGGUAUCAAGAUUCUAGGUUUCCAGUCACCUCAAAAUCUGAAAUUCGACGAAAAUAUCCGACAUUCCUUUUUCCUGUACCCGGAUGAAUCCACUUACAGCGGCAGUACUCGGACGUUCGCCGCUCUACUCAAAUCGUGUCUUAAAUACAAUCGUCACGCCCUUGCCUUAUGUCGCUUCAAGCGCAAUUCCACACCGGAAUUUGCUGUUCUGAUACCCCAAGAAGAGACGUUCACGAAAGAAGGAGGUCAAGAUCAACCUCCUGGAUUUCAUGUCAUCAUCUUGCCAUAUCGUGAUGACAUCCGUGGGGCACCUAAGAAUAUGACGGAUAAUCUCUCAGCAACGGAAAGACAAGCUCAACUCAUGUCGAAUAUCGUGAAAAGGUUGAGGAUCAAAGCUGGGCAUUAUCGUUCGGAGGUGUAUCCAAAUCCUUCUCUUGCAUAUCACUACGCUCAAAUUCAAGCACUCGCGUUCGAAGAAGAUUUCGACCCGUCCACUGCCACUGAUCUGGACAAGACCGUCCCCAAGUACAGAGGGAUGCAUAAGGCCGCUGGGGAUUUCAUGAAAGAAUGGAAUAUGUCCAUACGAGAAGACGAGCGUGCGGUGGAGAGUUUGACGAUGGCUCAUAAGCGUAGUACGGCGGUUGACGAAGAUGAUCUAGCAGAUGUAGCGGGCGCUUUCGCAAAAGGAGAAUUGACCAAGCUAAAAGUACAAGAACUGAAAGAUUAUGCAAAGUUCAAAAAAAUCUCGUUGGAAGGAAAGACCAAGAAAGCGGAAAUCAUCGAGAUCCUCACUGCACAUUUAGCACAAGAUGGGAAGAAAGCUCGAAAGUGA